AUGUUUCUUCUCACCUUUCUUUGCUUUUUAUGUGGUUUUGUUCGAAGCAGCGUCGACGAGUACCGCCUCCUGCAAUCUCUUAAAGAGGUACUUUUUUAAAAAGAAGAGAUCCGAGUUAGGAAUUUAGACAGUGAAGAUAUAUUUGGAAUGUGGACAUAAUAACGCCAAAAAUUGAAAAAGAAAUAAAAUUAAAAAAAUUAAAAGAACCUUUUGCGGGGCUUUUUAGCCAAAAAAACAUAAAGGGUUUCCGUUUCACAGGUCCAAAAAAAUGAUUUAUGGUAUAAUCCAGCAUACCAACAGUACCCAAAAAGUCGUGAAUGAUUUUUUAUGUGCACUCUACAUUUUUUUAUUCAAACAGUAAAUAUGAAAAAUAAAAGAAAGCAAGUUAAGUGUUAUCAUUUUGUUCAACUAUGAAUUCGUAAGCUUUUGCUUUUAUUUCUUAUAUUUCUAGGGGAUGCGGUCAUUUAAAAUAUUGGCAAAAAGCUGUUUUCAGUUUCUUGUUCAUGUUAGGUUUCUUCCUUUUAUAAAAACCCGGCAAACAAAACUGUUAAGUAGGCCGUUUUACGCGGAUUUCAAGGGUUUCUCUGCGUGUCAUGGCGAAAGCAUCAUAGGACCGUCAAAGUUAUUAUAAUUCAUAGAACUUUUUUUUGCUCUUUGCGAAAUUUAUUGCUAAACGGUUCGAAAACCAAGUUCAGAACUAUGAUCAUUUCGAGCGACCGGUGGAAAAUUCUUCGCAGCCUUUGGACGUACAUGUCAGAUUUCUUCUCAACCAGAUACUCGACAUUGUUUGUUGUACUCAUUCACCUCUUCAAAGUUUCAACAUUUCAGGACGAGAAAAACCAAGUAAUGUCGAUUCUCGCCUAUGUUGACUACGUAUAAUUCUAUUUUUUGUAAAAUAACGAAGAGCCGGAAUUCAGAACUGGAACGACUACAAACUCCGGUGGGAUCCAAAAAUGUACGGGGGAAUCACACACACUAGAUUUUCAGGUUGUUUUCUAAUUGAGAAAUAAUCAUACCUAUUUGCAUCCAAUUUCAGGAGACGAAGAUGCGCCUUUCAAACUCUGGAGACCAGACGUGCUUCUGUUCAACAGCGUCUCCCAGUCUUUCGAUUCGACCUACUCUUCUCGUCUGAUAGUCUCUCACACAGGAGACGUGCAACAGAAUCCGCCAGGCAUUUUCCGUUUCAUCUGCAAGGUUUGUGAGUUCGAAGCCAGGGAUCUUUCGACGAUAAACCGACGGCGAGUUCGAAUGAGCGACUCUUUCUGACUUGAAGGGAAAUGGGAAGUGGAAAUAUUGAUCAAUCUUACAGCAGGCUAAGAAUAAAUAAAAACGUAUUGAAACUAAUUUAACACUUUAAUUCAGAAAAAACUUUCUCAAUUUAUCUUUCAACAUUGCCAAAAAUAUCACUUGUCGCAAAUACCUGUUUCCAACAAUCUCUUUUUUCAGAUCGACGUCACUUACUAUCCUUUCGACAAACAAACCUGUUUUCUAAAGUUUGGAAGCUGGACAUAUAAUGGAAUGUACAUCAACCUCGACUUUUUGCUGAAGGAUAUGAUCGGUACAGUUUUCAAAGAUUUCAAAAAGUUGAAUGAUUGAAACUUUUAGAAAAUAUGAUAGUUCAAGAAUUCAGGAGUGAGUGGCUCUCGAGUGACUGUGGAGCCUCAGAGAUCUGAGCCAGACUCUCAGACUUAUUACGUGAACGAGUCGAUCGAUCUACAGGUCUACAUGAAAAACGGCGAAUGGGACCUCAUUGGUCAGUUUUUGAAAAACCUCAAAAUUGCAACUAGGAACUUUCAGGGACGCCAGGGAGACGUGUUGUGACGGCUUUUGGGGACGACGAAUACCAUGAGCUUUACUUCUACAUCCACAUCCAGCGUCGCACUUUGGCUUAUGGUUUGAUUUUCUGUUUUUGCAAAAACUCGAAUCGCAGGAAUCAACCUGAUUAUUCCUUCAUUGGUCAUCUCAAUGAUGACGGUCCUUGGCUUCACUCUUCCGCCAGACGCCUGCGAAAAAAUCACGCUUGGUACUACCUUUUUUAUUCUGUUUUUAUUAACGCAGUCACUGUCCUGACGAUUUGAUUAUCGAGAAAUUCGAUCAACGUCUUUUUCAGAAACAACGAUCCUCCUAUCAGUUAUCUUCUUCCUUCAAAUGGUUUCCAGCACUAGUCCGCCUCAAUCGACCGCCAUUCCCAUAUUAGGUACCACUUCUUUGAGACUUUGGACAAGGGGAAAGAUCUGUCCGAUGUGCCGUUCCUAGCACUAGCUGUGUUUCUGAGGUUUUCGAAAGAAUCCCGGUUGCAGCUGCCUUCUUCUCGUGCUGCCUGAUGUUAGUGGCAUGUUCUUGUGUCUUCACGGUCCUCAUGCUUUCCCUUCAUCAUCGCAAGCCUGAGACGCACACAAUGAGCCCUUUCGUGAGUUCCAUCCGGCUACAAAAUCCUUCUUUUCAUGUUGUUGUAAGUUUGACAGAUGAGAAAGUUUUUCGUCGAGUGGCUGCCUUAUGUUUUGAUGAUGAGGACGCCGGACCACCCGAAGGCGCCGAAAGCCAAGGUUUCGUUAGAGAAUGGGAGAAAGGAGUUCGAAAUGUAAGGAUAGGUAAUCGACAAGUCGAUCAUCCCCAUCCACCGACUGAGCACCUUCAUGCCGAUGCUCAACUUGCCGAGACCUUCCCAGACAGCCGUCCCUCUCAAGCCGCGCUCUAAUCUUUCAAGUUUACCCCUACUUCCCUGUCCAUUUGAAGAUUAUUCAUCAGGAAACGCCUGUGUUCUCAACUUUGCGAGGUUCUGCGAAGAGUUGAUGUCAGUGGAGUCUGAAAUCGGGAAGAUGCUCGAGAAGCUUGACGACGACACCAAGCACGAAAUGGUGAGUUUCUCCAUUGUCCAUCCCGAGACCGGCGGUCGACUGGAAAAGCGUUCAGCUGCGUUCCGAAUGGAAAUUCGCGGCGAUGGCCGUCGACCGCCUCUGUCUCUACCUCUUCUCCAUUUUCAUCACCGUCUCAACUUGUGGACUCAUCAUGCCUCACAUCACGGCAAACUUCUUAUGA